GUUAUUGGGUUAUAUGAUUUAUUCUUCUUUUUCAUGUGGUUCGACUGAAGCGUUCAUGUGUAGAAUGAAGGGACUUUUAUUCGCGGGAUUGCUUAUGGCGUUUUCGCUCUUUUUAGCCGAAGGCAAACCUAUUAACGACAUGGAGAAAGAUCAAAAAGGUUUUUCCUUUGAAGGCCAGAGCGGACGGGUUCGACGUGCCGCCAUGAAGGACAAGUGGCUGUGGCCCAAAGGCGUCAUCCCUUACACCUUCAGUAAUACACUGGACAGACGUACCCAGCGUCUUGCUAAAAGGGCAAUGGAGCAUUGGAGUAACAAGACCUGCUUGAAGUUCAUACCGCGUAUACAUGAGAAUGCUUACAUCGAGAUCAAGAACGAUAGGGAAUGCCAAGCUACAGUUGGUUACAUUGGAAUUCCCCGGCAACAAGUGGGCCUUGGCAAUAAUAAAGACCGGCACUGCUCAUUUGCUGAAGUCGUUCACGAAUUUGGUCACGUCAUCGGCUUUUUCCACGAGCAAGCCCGACGCGACCGAGACGAUUACGUGAAGAUCAUUCAGAAAAACAUAAGAGGUAACCCGUCUAACUUCAAAAAGGUAGAUGAGAAAUUUAUAGAUUCUCGUGGCGAGGCUUACGACUAUGACAGCAUCAUGCACUACGGCAAGUUCGACGGCGGAAACGGAGGUGAUACCAUUCUUCCAAUACAGGACAAUGUCAAGCUCAUCGACAAAAUCCGUCAUAGAAAGGGUUUGAGCGCCGGCGACAUUCGUCAGACAAACCUCAUGUACAAGUGCAAUGAAAAAGGCGAAAGCGAACUCCAGCCCGUUAAUGACGUGCACGACGAUGAGGAUAGUGGCGAGAGCGGAGAGGAUGUGAAGGGUCCCAAACCUGGAGAUAUUAUGUACUAAGCAAGAUGAAGGGAAAUUUGAAAGAGUAAUUGUUAAGCGGAGGACAAGGAGAAUCUAUAUUACACCUGAUCAACCAUGCAUGCGAACCUAUGUAGAAAUAUUCAGCAAUAUCUCUAGCAUGCCGAAUAAAUGAAAAUCUCAUGGUUCUAA